AUGUCGAUGAUUUCCACCAUUGCCCUGUCUGCUCAUCCUACUCUCACAUCUUCGCCAUUCCUUCGCCUUCCUCUCCAACCACGCAGCGGACUCAAUUCCAUUACAUUUCGCUCUUUACCCGUCAAAGGCCCACCAUUUCUCGGCAAAGCCGGCUGCAAAAGAUUGAGGCUUUUCGGCGAUAGGAAGCUGACGCUUGAGUUUUCCGUCAAUUCACAGAACACUGAAGGGGAAAUCAACAAUGGCGUCGAAGAUGAUUCCCAGAAGAUGGCUCGAGAAGAGACCACGAUGCCUGAUAGAUUCCGGUACCUGACCAAGGAAGCGCCUGACCCGCCUCUCAGGUGGCCUUGGUUUGUCGCACUAGGUUUCCUCAUCUAUUCAUGGAGGGCGGUCUUAUUUGAGCUUGGUAACUGGAAGAAGGGUGCAUUAUCUGUCAUCGGUUUCGUGGGGUAUCUCUUAAAACUCCUUCUGGCCCUAAUCUUCCACUUCAUUGGUGACCCAAUAACGUCUCUAAUACGAACCCUGGAGACCGGGUUCUACAUGGUUCGAGCUUUCUAUUCCAGAAUACUGCAUUACACCCCAGUCCCAGAAUUCACCACAAUGAUUGUGCUUUCAUCAGCGGUGCUCGCUAUUGCUGAAGCUGCUGUUCCAAAUUCAGUAAGCAGCCAAUCAUAUCUCCUCACGUUAUCCGGUCUAAUUGGCUAUGCAGCAGUAGGGAACUACAUUUCAGAGCCACUCUUCUGGACACUUCUUCUGGGUGUGUACACUUUCUCUCGAUUGGUUAAGAAGAGGGAUGAUGUCACAUCUGCCCUUCCUGCUGCUACUGUGCUCACUGCUAUAGGAGAGCCCUGGGUGAGGGUACUGGUAAUGACUUCAUAUGUCGCCCUUGCCAUCUAUCACCAUUCGAAGAAUCGUACCAAGGGUGAAGAAGGCGAAGUUGUUGCAAGAGGGAAGCAGGUUCCAGCGCCGUUGCUGUGUGCAGGCUUAGCCAUUGGUAUAAAGAUUGCUGCCAAGUGGGCUGGGUAUCGCCACUUGACAUGGAUGGUAGUAUAG